GAUCGCUUAAGCAAACACGUGCAUUUGUUGUCUUGUUUAUUUGAGGUAUACCUUUAUUUGAUGAGAUCGGAUGCGAUGCAAUUAAUGCGAUGCGGACUCGACUAUAACCCCUCACUUACUUUUUCAUGCGUAACAAUAGGGAUUUUGCGAUGCCAUGACUCUGCAAAUUGUAAGGACUGUGCUUCUUUCCAAGGGCAAAAGUACGCGAGUUGUGCAAUUCUUACCAAUAACACAAAAACACUGCUCAUUUUGGACCGAUAGACCAUUUUCAUCAACAUCAAGAAUGACACAAAAUUCGAAGAAAAAGGCCGUGUUAUUUGACCUGGGAGGUGUCCUGUUUGAGCCGCCGCAGAAUGCCCUUCGAAAGUACGGAGAACAACUAGGAUUGCCCGGUUCUUUUCUAGAGAAAGCCAUGAUCAGAGGAAGGCCUGAUAAUGCUUUCUGUCGGAUGGAACGAGGGGAAUCUACUGCAAGACAGUUUGCAGAAGAGUUCAACAAGGAUUGUCAGGAUCUGUCCAAGGAAGAGGGCCAAGAGCUUCCCAAAGAGUUCAAUGCCAGCAGCAUGUUUGAUACCUUCAUGAAUAUUAAGAUGGUCCCACAAAUGCUGAAUGCUGUCACUGUCCUUAAGCAAAAUGGCAUAAAAACAGCGGCAGUUACCAACAACUAUAUUGAUGAUCGAGAGAAGAAUUCAGUAGGUGCUGGGGUCAUGACGGCUCUUAGCUCCUUCUACUUUGAUCACUUUGUGGAAUCCUGUCGGUUUGGGAAACGUAAACCGGACCCAAGUAUCUUCACUGAAGCUCUCCAGAAGCUAGGUGUUCAGGCACAAGAGACAGUGUUUCUGGAUGACCUUGGACCUAAUGUAAAAGCUGCAAGAGAAAUGGGUAUCUCAACCAUCCUUGUGAAGGAUCCGUCUGCUGCCCUCAAGGAACUACAGGAAGUCACCGGUAUAGACGUAUGCCAAGAAGCCAAACCUAUUUCUGUUCAUCCUGACAGGGUCCCUCAUUCUUAUGCCACAACCAGGAGUGGAGUGAAGUUCCAUUAUGUUGAUGUUGGUAGUGGUCCACCGGUCAUCUUUUGUCACGGGUUCCCCGAAUCAUGGUAUGAAUGGAAAUCUCAGAUCCCUGCCGUAGCUGCUGCAGGUUUCCGUGUGAUUGCGAUGGACAUGAAAGGAUAUGGAGAGAGCAGUAAUCCACCAGAAAUUGAGGAGUACACAACAGAAAGGAUGUGUAAGGACAUGGCUGAAUUCAUGGAUGUCUUGUGCAUCCCUCAAGCUACUUUCAUUGGUCAUGACUGGGGUGGUAUGUUUGUAUGGAACUUUGCUACUCACUAUGCAGACAGGGUCAGUGCUGUAGGUGGUAUCUGCACCCCUUACUUUCCCGCUCAAAACAUUAUGAACCCUGUAGAGAAGAUGAAGAAAGAUCCAGGAUUGUAUGACUAUCAGCUUUACUUCAAUCAAGUGGGAGUAGCUGAAGCCGAACUUGAAGCCAACAUAGAGAAAUUCAUCAAAGCUUUCAUAAGACGCCCUCUGGAGGCAAAAGAAAUUGGAUUCACUGUUGCUGGAGUGAGAGCAAAAGGUGGUAUCUUGGCCGGUAUUGCGGAUGACAUCAAACUCAGUACUCUCCUUACAGAAGAUGAUCUGAAAUACUAUGUCAAACAAUUCAAAACAUGUGGACUCAGGAGCAUGCUAAAUUGGUAUCGUGUAACAGAAGCUAACUGGAAAUUUAGUCACCGUGCAAUUGGUCGAAAGUUGUACAUGCCUGCCUUGAUGGUAACCUGUGCCUGGGAUAGGGUCCUUCCACCCUCAGCAAGCAAAGCCAUGGAUCCAUUUGUGGUAAAUCUAACCAGAGCUCAGAUAGAAGACAGUGGACAUUGGGCAGCUCUAGAACAACCAAAGAAACUCAACAACAUCCUUGUUGAUUGGCUUAGUAAGGUGCAUAAAGAUUCCAGCCGACCAAUCUUCCCUUCUAGUCUGUAGAGAUACAGGCAUGAUGUAAGCUUCCCUUUGAUUGGCCAGUGACACUGAAGGGGAGACCGUAUGGACCAAUCUUGGACAUUAUUAGAAAAUAUAAAUUUUAAUACCUCAGUUCCUAGAAGAGAAACGAAAUGCUUAUAGUUGCAGAUUGUUGCCCUUGUUAUUCUUACAGUAAAAAAUCAUGUUAUUUGACAGGACAGUAUAAAUUAUUUGUACAUGAAGAUGAAGAUAUGUAAAGAUGGAAUAAGAUUUUAUACCAUACUCUCACCGACCCUAUCCUCUGUUUCUCGCUCUCUUCCUGCUUUAUAAAAUCACUUUGUUGUAGCUGCUAGCCGUUUCAGUUGUAUUACAUAGAUUAGGUUAAUUGGGAAGGGAAGGCACUCAACUGUACUGGUGUACAUAUGUUCAACCAGAUAAAAUAUGAAAUAAGGGUAGAUUUUUCUGUUCCAAAAGAUGUGACACAUGUGUUUAUGUCAAGUGUGUCAAAAUUGCCAAAGAUAAGAAGAAAGGAAUGCAUUUUCUAUCAAGAUAAGAUGAAAACUUCUUCAUUUGUAUUAGGGAUAUCUUUUACCACAUUCGAUCUGGAUUUUUUUUUUGGGGGGGGGGGGGGAUCUAAAUUCCCUUGAUUAGCGGCAUGCUUUACAGGGUUUGGAGAUUUAAAACAUACACAGAAAGCAAAUGAAAGUGUGAAUAGGGGUCUAUUUUGAAAAAUGAAAAAUAUGCCAUAAAGGUUAGUUUGUAAUACCUUUAGCUGUGUGUGUACAGCAAUGUGAUUCGGUGGUUACGCCUUGUGAAAAUCUAGUUGCAUUUGAUUUUAUAGUUACAUUUGGAUGCCAUGCCAUAUUCUUCUGCAAUAGACCCCAGGGUACAUACUCUUGAUUUCAAUUCUGAACUCUGAUUGAGCAACUCUGCUUUUGACCGUGCAUGGUAUAUGUUUGCUCCAUGUUGAUUGGUCGUGUCGUGUAAUUUGAUAGUGCAAGUAUGGAAAGACAAGAUAGUACAGUUGAAACUUAGUACAUGCUGAUCAUCAAUGUUAUCUAAUAGUAAGAAAUCAUGUUAAAGCUUUGACAAGGAGGGUGUUUCAUAAAGCUGUUUGAAUGUUACGACUGACUUUAUGCACAACUGGUGAUCAUUUCUUGGGCUGAACGACCCCUAUGUAACCUGACUUGGCACUUGUUAUCCAAAUGAUGUAACCUGACUUGGCACCAAAGAAUGUGUUCUAGUCGUGCAUAACGUUGUGCGUAACUUCACAGACAGUUUUAUGAAACACGUACCAGAUGGGUCUCUCAUAAAGAUGUUUGUAAUUUACAAAUGAUUUCAUGCAUGACUGGUGAUCCUUUCUCAGGCCAAAUUAUCUAUCCAUGUGUAGCUGACUAAGCACCUACUAGUAGGAACAUGUUCCAUUCAUGCUUAAAGUUGUGCAUAAAUUUACAAAUGGAUUUGUGAAACACCCCUCAGAAUACUUUAUUGUUGAAUCGGGUAAAGAGAUCUGUAUUCAAUGGUCCGUAUUCUGAAGUCAGGUUUAAUGUAGACCAUGGAGCUACUAAUAUGCUUAGACCAUGGUCUAAUUCUCUGCUGAAAUUAUGGCGAGCCAAAUAUCCCAAAUUUUGCUUACAUACAUUUCUAAUAUUUACUAUUUUGUUUCCCUUUGCUUUCUUAAUGAAGAAAAUAUUUCAGUUAUCAUUCUGAGACAUUUAUAAAUGAUUUGAGCGCCAUAAAAUUGAAUAAAUUGAACAUGUACUAAUAGAGAUUUGUGCCCCAAUUGGCUCUCUCCAUAGUUAAACUACAACUUUAAACCAGGGUUUAAUUUAAACCCGAGUUCAGAAUACGGGCCAUUGAGUUUUGACCAUAGUAUUAUGAUAGGCAUAAUUUGCCUGGAUAUCUGUGAGUAUUAAUUAAUAUGCAAUAACUGCCCCUUUGCUGUUAUCCAAAUUCUGUCUUAAUGUACUGUCAUUAUAAUGAUUAAGUCCUAUAUAUUUGUUAUUGAAUAAUUUAAUAAUAUAGUUAAAUAAUUCUUUGAAGAACUGAAAUAUUUUUGUAAUUUUUAUGAGAUAUAUUGUAUGGAUAUGUGAUUUCAUUAUAAAAGAAACAUAUGAUAAAAAUAAA